GGAGGGAGACAGAGAGCGGUCCAUGCGCGCACACGCUCUCCAAACUUCGUGGGAGCCUUCACGAUCACGCAAGAGUCUCCUCAUGUGGACUUUAAAGCGUUUUCUCUUGGAUUUCAAAUGUGCACGGUGGAAGAGGGGAUCGAACUUGCAACCUCCCACCUGCCCGCACACCCACUGACAACUCUCCCAGCGUGGGUUACCUUUCGUGCAGCAUUAACUUUUUUUUUUUUUUUUAAGAAGGUGCAUUUUCUACACCAGCAAAACCGUGCACGGAGUGAGUGGCUUUCCUAGCGAAUCGAAUCCCUCCCCCCGCAGUUGCACGGAGUUGGUGCGGAAAUCUCGCCGCCUCUCAUGGGACUGGGUCAUUCGUCGCGGUGUUUGCUGCUACGGCGGAAGAUGGCGGAGGCGGACGGUACCGAGCGGCACCAAGCCGUCACAUCCCACAUCUCCCAGUCUGCCCAGCCGCCCCCUGUGCCCAAACCAGUGCCUAACAACAACGCCCACCAUGUGCCCUGCGUCGCUGCCCUGUCCGCCUCUUCCGCACACGGCAAGGGCGCCAAGUUCAUGAGCCCCGAGGAGAUGACGUCGCGGGACUACUACUUUGACUCCUACGCCCACUUUGGCAUCCACGAGGAGAUGUUGAAAGACGAGGUGCGCACGCUCACCUACCGCAACGCCAUGUACCACAACAAGCACGUGUUCAAGGACAAGAUCGUGCUGGACGUCGGCAGCGGGACGGGGAUUUUGGCCAUGUUUGCUGCCAACGCCGGCGCCAAACACGUAUACGGGAUUGAAUGUUCCAGCAUAUCAGAAUAUUCCGAGAAGAUCAUCAAGUCCAAUCACCUUCACAACGUCAUCACCAUCUUCAAGGGCAAGGUGGAGGAGGUGGAGCUCCCCGUGGAGAAGGUGGACAUCAUCAUCUCCGAGUGGAUGGGCUACUGCCUCUUCUACGAGUCCAUGCUCAACACGGUCAUCUUUGCCAGGGACAAGUGGCUGAAACAUGGAGGCCUGAUGUUCCCCGACCGUGCUGCUCUUUACGUGGUGGCCAUUGAGGACAGGCAGUAUAAAGACUUUAAGAUCCACUGGUGGGAGAACGUGUAUGGCUUUGACAUGAGCUGCAUUCGCAACGUGGCCAUCAAGGAGCCUCUGGUGGACGUGGUGGACCCCAAGCAGGUGGUCACCAGCGCCUGCCUGCUAAAGGAAGUGGACAUCUACACAGUGAAGCCAGACGACCUCUCCUUCACGUCGGCGUUCUGCCUGCAGAUCCAACGCAACGACUACGUGCACGCGCUGGUCACCUACUUCACCAUCGAGUUCACCAAGUGUCACAAGAAGACGGGCUUCUCCACAGCUCCAGACGCUGUGAGCACGCACUGGAAGCAGACGGUGUUCUACUUGGAGGACUACCUGACUGUGAAGAAAGGCGAGGAGAUACUCGGCAGCAUCGCCGUCAGGCCCAAUGAGAAGAAUGUGCGAGACCUGGAGUUCACACUGGAGCUGGACUUCAAGGGACAGCUCUGCGAGGCCGCCAUCUCCCACGACUAUAAGAUGCGUUAAGGGACAGCCGGGCACACAAAACUACCCUCAACCAGGCCGCACGGCCUGUGGCAAGGGCGAGCAUCACGCCGGAUGCCAUCCGAUCCCGCCUACGUGAUGUCUUCAGCAUCAGCAAUAACACAAACCAUGAAUGUAAAGUCCUCAAUCAACUUGACUUCCUCACGAAUGCGCUGUUCUUAUGCAGCUAAUGGAACGUGGCCGAGGGCGACGUUGACGUUUGACUUUGUGGCGUAUUUGUGCUUGCAUGAGAAGAAGGCUUUUGCUUGGUUACGAGAGACCUGAAAAGUAAAUGUUUAGUGAAGCUCAAAGUGGUGAAUAAAACUCAGCGUGCCAUUUGCUGCAUUCAUGCUUUUAUUACUGCUGGCAUCGUUAUAAAACGUCAUGACACCGCAAGUGGAGAUGAUUGGCGCUUGCCACGAGCAAUAACAAAGUACAGUCGUCCCUCGCAAUAUCCCCGUUUAUCCCAAAAGUUAUUCAAUAAGGAUGGAUGUGUCAUGGUUGACUAGGGCCUAUUUUUAGUAAAAAUUUGUGUAUUUAAGCAAAUUGUUCUUAUUCUUGGCCUAAAUGAAGCAUUUUUCAAGAUUUGAAUUGCGAGGAACCGGAAUCAAAACGACUAUAUUGGCUAAUAAAAAUGUCAAGGCGACUAUAGGGGUGUUAUUUCACGCCUUGAGGGCUCUAAUAAUGAAGGUUUUCUAUGCCAUAACUACAGAAAUAAUAGCAAAAGCUCACUGAUCACGCUCGGGUCUGGAAGCAAAUAACGGCGAUGAAGGAGGGAUCGGUGGACAUGAUCUUGUUUCACUUCAACCUAACUACAGCGCCCCCUGCAAUUUCAUGCAGAAAGCCAGGAAUACAUCACAGCAUAUCAUAGCAUUUGUCACUGGAGAACUGCGCUUUUCAACACUUGAGGCAGAGAGAGGCCUUCAGCAGCCGCAGAAAAAUAAAGAAUAAUAAGGAAUAUAGGCUGGGGUUCUUGAUUUUGGCAGGAAAAAAAUGUUUUAACUUUCUAAGAAUAUGUUUGUAAUUUAUUGUUGUCGAGAAAAAAUGCUUCUCUUGUAUUUCAAAUAUUUGUUUAAUAUACAAAAGAAAUGAUUGGCAAUGAAAUCUAUGGGAUGAGAAAGCUUUUUUUCUUGAUUUGUCUCAAGCUGGCACGCCUGCCGUGAAGUCCUCCAUCUCACACCGUGAAAGCAGCGCUUCUACAAGCCAAAACAAACUUUCAACGCGUGCUUUUCUUCAUUUUUCUCAAGCUGCUGAGUCAAGUCCUCCCAAGUCCUCUGCCUCACACUUUGAAAGGCGACGUUUUUUGACCGCUCCCCUCCUCCCAAAAAACCCCCAACAGAACUGAGCGUGAACGUGCAGUUUGCUGCGAUCCAAAGGGGGUGUCCUUGCUAAAUGUGUAACAGAAUAGCAGACCUCCAUGAAGGUGUGUUCACUGGCAGCAGGCUUUCUUCUUUAAGGGCUGAGCGCUCAGUAGGACAGUGGUGUCUCUCACCCUGUCCUCUUGCUCCAUCAACACUCUACACGGACAACCAAGAGCGUCAAAGCGCUUCACGUUGGGCUGCAGCUACACGCUAACGUCAUGAGCGUACCUGGCCAGGUGGGUGAGGGACUCGGUCACGUUCUUGCUCGUGUAGGCGCUGACCUCGUAGAACAUCACCUUCUUCUCCUGUGCGGGAAAUAACAACCCGUGAGAGGAGAACCCCCGUGUCUCACCAUUCACCCUCGAGAUGGCCUUCAAAUACCGGUAGCCUCAUUACUUCAUAAAAAUAUCAUGACAGCCCCUUUCCGGCACUGGAAGGAAAAAAUAUCCCAUAAUUAUCAGACAAAAUCUCACAAUGACAGAAUUGUGAGAUUAAGAGUCAGAAUUAAGAAAGAAAGUCGUAAUUCUGAGAUUAAAAAUUCCAAUUAUAAGAUAAAAAGUCAGGUCUACAUUUUGAGAUAAAAAGUCCAUCCAUCCAUUUUCUAUACCGCUUCUCCUCAUUAGGGUCGCGGGGGUAUGCUGGAGCCUAUCCCAGCUGACUUUGGGCGAGAGGUGGGGUACACCCUGGACUGGUCAACCUUGCAGGGCACAUAUAGACAACCACUCCCAUUCAUACCUAUGGACCAUUUAGAGCAGGGGUCGGGAAGCUUUUUGGCAAAGAGAGCCAUGAAAGCCACAUAUUUUAAAAUAUAUUUCCGUGAGAACCAUAUCAUAUUUUUUAACAUUGAAUACAACCAAAUGUGUGUAUAUUUAAGGAAGACCAACAAUUUCAAAAUAUAAUAAGUCUCUGAAUUUAUUUUUUUUUAAUAAUGUUAUAUCGAAGCUAACCAAGAAUAAAUUAAUGACUUCUGGUGCUGCAUGGUUUUGCGC